CACCCAGCGCAGAGUGCACCGAGACUCUCCUGGCCGGCUGUGCGCGGUCGGUUCCGGGUCUGGUGACUCCCGUGACAAGGGUCUCCGGGUGCGCAGAGGGAAGAUCUGUCCUGACAGUCUGGUGGAAGAUUCCACGGCCUCGGUGCCCAUGGCGGGCGAGGGCUUGGGGCACCCGGAGACGACGGCCACCACGGCGCCCGAGACCCACGAGCACCUCUUUAAGGUGCUGGUCAUCGGCGAACUCGGCGUGGGUAAGACCAGCAUCAUUAAGCGCUAUGUGCACCAGCUCUUCUCCCAGAACUACCGGGCCACCAUCGGGGUGGACUUCGCCCUCAAAGUCCUCAACUGGGACAGCAGGACGCUCGUACGCUUGCAGCUGUGGGACAUCGCGGGGCAAGAACGGUUUGGCAACAUGACCCGAGUUUACUACAAGGAAGCUCUUGGAGCGUUUGUCGUCUUUGAUCUCUCAAGAAGUUCCACAUUUGAGGCAGUCUUAAAAUGGAAAAGUGAUCUGGAUAGUAAAGUCCACCUUCCCAAUGGCAGCCCCAUCCCUGCUGUCCUCCUAGCUAACAAGUGUGACCAGAAGAAGGAGGGCAGCCAAAGUCCUUCCCAGAUGGACCAGUUCUGUAAAGACCAUGGCUUCACUGGAUGGUUUGAAACUUCUGCCAAGGAUAAUAUAAACAUCGACGAGGCCACCCGGUUCCUGGUGGAAAAGAUCCUUGCGAACCAGCAAAGCUUCCCUAGGGAAGAAAACGACAUGGACAAAAUUAAACUAACCGAUGAGCCCCUCCCAACGAAGGCCAGGUCCCAGUGCUGCUGAUGUGUCUCCAUGUCCUCCGCGCGCUCUCGUUGGUCCUACGUGCAUCUGAAGAUGUCCAGGAGCCAUUGGCCUGUGAAUCUCCCCUCAGGCAUGCUUUAUCAUUCAGCUGCUCAGGAACCGAGCCUGCGAAGCUGGAGAUGCGCAGAGAACUGUUCCCACUAGAGGCCCGGUGACUUACCAAAUGAACCCUAGGCUCUUUUUGUACUGUCAAAUGCAGAGUAAUGUUUACAGCCUUGGAAACAUUUUUGUACAGCAAGUUCAAGUGUUAGCUUUUAGUGUAAGAACUGGAAUAGCAGAAAAACGUUCCCACAACCUUCCUGACAUUCUGAGCGUCUUUGUUCCUGUAUUCAUCCCCACCUAACCAUGAUUUUUUUUUCUCAUAGACUGUUACCUACAGACUUGAAGGUCCCAUGCAACUAUUUCCUAGUCAAAACAUUGGGCAGGGAACGGUACUUUGCACUUCCUGUAAAAUUUUGUCCUCAAAUACCGUGAGUCUAAGCUGAGCUAGGCGGUAGUGGUGCACGCCUUAAUCCCAGCACUCGGGAGACAUAGGAAGGCUGAUGUCUUUGAGUUCUAGGUCAACCUGAUCUACAAAGCAAGUUCUAGGACAGCUAAGACUGUUACACAGAGAAAACCUGUCUCAAAAAAAACGAACAAAUAAGCAAAAACAAACAAAAUGUGUUUCUAGAGCUGAUAGCUGGGGUAUAAUAGAGUUUGUUCUGAAACAUCUUAAGAUUCCCUUCCUUAAUUAAUCGAAAGUACUGAGCUGGGGCUGUAGCUCAAUGAUAGAGUGCCUGUCUAGAAUGCUAUAGACCCUAGGUCUGCAGUACUGGGCGGGCUGGAAGGCCCUUGCAUCUUACCUGUAUUAUGGGUGUCUCCCUCUGAAUCCUCUCCUGGCGUAAACUAUAAAUGAACAUUCCUUCUCUCCCCUCUAUUCCAUUUAUAGCCUGGAGCUAUUGAAGGCACAGCAAUACUAAGUGGAACUUGUCUUUCUAGAUUUGUCAGGGUAAAGGUCAGGGGGGAAAUUUUUUCCCCAAAGCUUAUGCAAUUAUAUCCAAGUUUCUAGAGUAUGAAACCUGAAAGAAAAUAAACCAUGUAUCAUUUUGUCUAUGGUUUCGGACACUGAUUAUAUAAUGCCUAGGACACUUUUGGAAGAUGUACAAUGUUUGCGUUGCACUUAACUCAGAGAAAGGAAAGAAUAAAUACUUUAACCUAAGCCUGUGUGUUGAAUGAAUGUAGUUCUAGGCAUGUACUUUCUGGUUUAGAAGAUGUUGUGUUUAACUGGAGUUAAUCUGUAAUACUAGCAUGCGGGAGACAGAGGCAAAUGGUUAUAAUUUCAAGGCAUAUAUUAACUACCCAGCAAGCUCAAGGACAGCCUGGGCUACACAAGAGCCUUUCUCCAAAAAGAAUAAAAUUUCUUUAAAAAAAAAUGUUUUCUGUUGAAUUUUUUAGAUUUAGUUACCU